CCGGUCCUGGACCCGGUCCGAGUGCGGGGGGGGUGGGCGGGGCGCCCGGUCCCGCCCCCGGCGCUCCCCCGUGAUAUCAGCGGGCACCCGGGGCCGUCCCGCCCCGGUACCGGCACGGGGCACGGGGCCACGCAGAGCAGAGCCGAGCCAUGGCCGGGUGCGGGCGGACGCUGCUCGGGGCUGCUGCCCGGUGCCCCGGUGCCCUCUGCUCCCCGUGCCCGCAGCCGGUGCAGCCCACGCGGCCGUUCCUCAGCCUGGUGGGCUCCGGUGCCACCGGGUACCGGGAGCACCGCGUCCUGGGGUAUUCGGCACAGCAGAUGUACGAGCUGGUGGCCAACGUCGGGGACUACCGGCUCUUCGUGCCGUGGUGCCGCCGCUCGGCCGUGCUGUCCCGCCGCGGCCAUGUGCUGCGGGCCGAGCUCGAGGUCGGCUUCCCCCCCCUCCACGAGCGGUACCUCUCCGAGGUGUCCUUGGGGCCCCGGCAGAUCCGGGCGGUGAGCAGCGACUGCCGGCUCUUCAGGCACCUGGAGACGCUGUGGAGCUUCGGGCCGGGGCUGCCGGGACGGACGGACAGCUGCUCGCUGGAUUUCUCGGUCUCCUUCGAGUUCCGCUCGGCGCUGCACUCCCGCCUGGCCGCGCUCUUCCUGGACGAGGUGGCCAAGCAGAUGGUGGCCGCCUUCGAGGGCCGGGCGCGGGAGCUCUUCGGGCCGCAGGCUGCACAGCGAGCAGCGCGCCGGGCCUGAGCUCGGCCUCCCCCUGCCCCCAGCCCUGUUGAGGCCUCCCCCUAUUUAUGGCUAUUUAACCCCCCCGGAGAUAAUUUAUUGUUUUUUUUUGUAAGCCCCGCUCCUGUUGAACGCUGUCGACACCAGGACCAAGCGGCCUCGGGCCGUGCGGCCGCUCUGUUUGUGGUGCUUGGGCAAUAAAAUUUGGGGCACGGAC